AUGCCGAUAGAGAAACGGAAGUCGCAUUCUGCACGUUACCGUGCUUCCCUUGCUCAGAACAUCGCUGAGAACGGUUUUGUCGUUAUGCCUUGCUCUUGGUGCGCGUCGCAAGGCCUCGUUUGCAAAAUGAUCGCGCGUACGAAGCGUUGCGAAGCCUGCGUUCGUCGAGGUCGUUCUUGCGAUGGCUCUGGCAUACCGCUUUCUUCCUUGGAUCGCAUUCUCCAGGAGCAGCGUCGUAUCAAGGAUGCUGAACGUCGUGCCGAACUUGAGCUGGAUGAAUCUCAACGCCGUCUGGAAGAAGCCCAGCGCGAGUUGUCCGAAAAGCUUGCGCGGCUCCGGCGUCUUCGUCAGCAGAAGGAGUUUUUGGUGGAGAAAGGUGCCGACAUGGUGGCGCGUGGUCUGUCGACCUUGGACGAGUUGGAGGAGGUUGAGCGGCAAGAGACGCCUGCUAUGCCCUCGUCACAGAUUAAUGAUGCCGUCGAUGCUGUCGACUGGGGCGCCGUCUUUGGUUCUGUCCCGGGUUUUCCUUUGGUCGAUCCGGAUUCUGCCGGUGGAACUGUUCCAAAUUUCUUCGACGUCCCAUUCUUCCUCUUCGUCCUCUGCUUCGAUGUGCGUGGCAACCUUGGCGUUCUUUGGUGCUGGUUCGAGAAGUGA